AUGCGCAAGGUCCUCUUUCGUCAGCAGGCCGCCACGCUGGAUGCGGCCCUCCGUUUGGCUCGCCAAGAGGAGGCCCUCGAGGCUGCUUGUAGUCCUUCCGGGGUUAUUUUUGGGUUGCUACGAUUCGAGCCUCGGCCACUGUGGAAACCCAAACCCUUACUCACUGGGGUUUCUGCGGAUCCUCUGUCCCUCGUCGGACCUAUGGCGUCGUCAGUAGCCCUACCGCCCCCCUGA